AUAGAUUUGAAAUUCACGUUCGUAGUUUCGUAUGAUUGAUUACGUGGUUUAUUUGUUACAAUUGAAUUAUGAUUUAAUUAUAUUAUAUGUUAUUGUUGGAGUUGAUUGAACAAGGAUGACCAGGUACGUUUUCUUACUUCGAAUUUGUGUGAUUUGCAUGACGAAUGAGUGAAGCGUCGAAUAACCAAAACGAGACCCAGAACAUGGAACAAAAUGUGGAGGCUCAACCGGACCCGAUUAUGCCUGUGUUCCUGACGCAAUUUCUGCAGCAAAUGGCGAACGCGCCAAUGUUCCAGCCACCGCCUCCUAGAAAAAUCACAUUGAAAACGCUGAAGGACAAUGGUGCUGAAGAGUUCCAUGGGGAUAGGAUCUCUGAUCCUCAGAUUGCACUAGACUGGAUUGAACAGACAGAAAGAGUGUUGAAGAAUCUGAGUGUUCCAGACGCGAGACGUCCUGAGCUUGCUUUCCAGCUCCUUCACUUCUCUAAGGCUUAUUAUCUAAUGGCAAAAGCAGAAAAAGAUGUGGAUGAUUACAAGGCCAGCCUGAAGGCCGAGGAAGGAGGACCUAGUACACGCCCAACUGUGAGUGUUACGCCGAGUGCGAAGAGGCCGUUAAGCGAGACAAGUGAGGCGUCUCAUGCAAAGAAAAGCAAGUCCGUGCAGGUCCAACCAGCACCUACCCAAUCGGUGGCCUCCAGUGGUAGGUCAAAGCCGUCAAGGCAUCCCACAUGUGAACUUUGUGGGCGAAAUCAUCCCGGAGAGUGUUGGUUUGCCCAAGGCCAUUGUUUGGGAUGUGGUAAGUCGGGACACAUUCGUAGAACCUGCUCAACAAAGCCUGGCGAACCUUUCCCAACCGCUCCUAUGAGAGGUCAAACCGCCACGCCACAGCUAACGCAAAGUCAAUGCACGACUGCUGGAACAAAUAAGCAGAGGAACCCAAAUCAACCACAAGGACGAGCUCCAGCGCGUACUUAUGCAAUGAUAGGGCACGCAGACCCUCAGGAUAAUGACGUUCAUAAUGGUAACCUGAAUGAUGAAUAAGGAACUAUCCCGGAGGGCAGCGAGGGCAGAGAGAUGGAUGGAUGCUGGCUGGAGGAGUUAUCUGCUUAAUAUUUAAGUUUGAAUUAUUUAUGUUUUUAAGGGCAAGAACCCAAAGUUGUAUUUUGAUUAAAUACUUAAAGGCUUC